AAUAUUAUUCAAAUUGCAGACUAAAUACUAUUAAUGAAGGGCGAGUUGCAAUCGGCGAUAUGUCUGGAUUUUUGCCAUGUACUCCGAACGGCUGUAUCGAAUUAAUUAAGAGGAGCGGCGUGGCUAUUGCCGGUGCUCAAGCCGUCGUUUUAGGGAGGAGCAAGAUUGUCGGCACUCCCGUUGCCGAACUAUUAAAAUGGCAUAAUGCUACUGUUACUGUCUGCCACUCGAAAACGAAGAAUCUUUCUGAUGUCGUGCGUCAAGCUGAUAUUUUAGUGGUUGGGAUAGGCCAACCCGAAUUAGUUAAGGGUGAUUGGAUUAAACCGGGUGCCGUUGUCAUCGAUUGCGGCAUCAAUCCUAUACCAGAUCCCACAAAGAAAAGUGGACAACGUUUAGUGGGUGACGUAGCAUACCAGGAAGCUGCUAAAGUAGCUUCGUACAUUACACCGGUACCAGGCGGUGUUGGACCGAUGACAGUAGCAAUGUUAAUGAAAAAUACUGUGAUAUCCGCGCAAAAGUCGGCGCAAAGGCUCCUCAACGUCCAAUGGAAUUUGCGAGCUCUUCAACUGAAUCCUGUGAAACCUGUACCAAGCGACAUCGAUAUUUCCAGGAGUCAGGAGCCGAAACAAAUCUCUGUACUAGCCGAAGAAAUCGGACUACUGCCGAACGAGUUUAGUCCUUACGGCAGCACGAAGGCUAAGAUCGGCCUCAGCGUGCUACAACGACUAAAGAAUCAACAAAAUGGAAAGUUCGUCGUGGUGGCGGGCAUCACGCCAACGCCAUUUGGCGAAGGAAAGAGCACAACUUCCGUUGGCUUGGUGCAAGCACUAACGGCGCACAGAGGCAAAAAUUCUGUCGUUACUCUCAGACAACCUAGCCAGGGGCCUACGUUCGGCGUUAAAGGAGGAGCUGCUGGAGGAGGAUAUUCACAGGUGAUACCCAUGGAAGAAUUCAAUCUUCAUCUGACCGGGGACAUUCAUGCCGUUACCGCCGCGAAUAAUCUUAUGGCGGCGCAAAUUGAUGCGCGAUACUUCCAUGAAUCGACUCAAGGUGACAAAAACCUGUACGAUCGGCUGGUACCGAGUAUUAAGGGUGUCAGGAAGUUCUCGAAAAUCCAGCUGAAACGAUUACAAAAACUUGGCAUCACGAAAACUGAUCCGAACUCAUUAACGGAAGAAGAGCAACGUCGAUUUGCAAGACUUGAUGUCGAUCCGAACAAUAUUACAUGGACGCGAGUGGUGGAUAUUAACGAUCGCUUUUUGCGGAAAAUCACCAUCGGCCAGAGCCCAACCGAGAAAGGCAAGACAAGAGAAACCUCGUUCUGUAUUUCCGUUGGGUCUGAAAUAAUGGCAAUCCUAGCAUUAUCAACCAGUGUUGAGGAUAUGAAGAGACGGCUUGGUAAUAUCGUCGUCGGAUUUAGCAAAAGCGGCGAACCUUUAACUGCUGAAGAUUUUGGCAUGACGGGAGCAAUGGCGAUUCUGCUGAAAGAUGCUAUAGAACCGACACUUAUGCAAUCAUUGGAGGGUACACCGGUAAUGGUACACGCUGGACCGUUCGCCAAUAUAGCCCACGGUUGUUCAUCCAUUAUCGCGGACGCUAUUGCUCUAAAAUUGGUCGGACCGCAAGGUAUUGUAAUAACAGAAGCCGGAUUCGGAUCGGAUAUCGGGAUGGAAAAGUUCUUCGACAUCAAGUGUCGUACCUCCGGACAUGUACCAAAUGCUGUCGUACUUGUGGCGACUAUUAGAGCAUUGAAAAUGCACGGUGGUGGGCCGCCUGUAACGACCGGGGCACCGUUAAAAAAAGAAUACAUCGAAGAAAAUAUCGAACUUGUUAGAAAAGGCCUACCAAAUCUGCAAAAACAUAUCAGCAACGGUCUGAAAUAUGGCGUGCCCGUAGUUGUUGCCAUCAACUCUCAUAGUACCGAUACUCAAGCGGAGCUAGAGCUCGUUAGACAAGCAGCGUUGGAAAGCGGUGCAAUUAAUGCGGUAAUAUGCACUCACUGGGCCGAAGGUGGGGCUGGUGCUAUAGCUCUUGCGGAUGCAUUGAUAGCCGCUACCGAAGAAAAUAGUAAUUUCAAAUUGUUGUACGAUCUCGAGGACAGUAUUGAAGAAAAAAUUAAUAAAAUCGCCAAAGAGAUAUACGGUGCUGGCCAAGUCGUUCUCGCGGAAAAGGUGCAGAAAAAAAUCGAGAACUACAACAAGUUAGGAUAUGACAAACUCCCAAUAUGUAUGGCGAAAACGUCAAAUUCAUUAACGGGAGAUCCAGCUAUAAAAGGUGCACCAACUGGUUUCACCCUCCACAUUACUGAUAUAUUCGUUUCAGUCGGCGCCGGAUUUAUUGUUCCUAUGGUGGGAGAGAUCAUGAUGAUGCCCGGACUUUCGACUAGACCUUGUAUCUACGAUAUGGACUGGAAUAGCGAAACAAAUGAAAUAGAAGGCCUGUUUUAAAUUGAAUGUCUAUUUUUCAACGGAAGAAUCAUUUUCGCAAUAUGUGAUGUGUAUUAAUAAUUCCUCAGGAAGUUCAUAUGUCAAUAAUAUAUAAUCGCCAAUAAAUUUUUUGUAUUUGAAAA